AUGGGAUGCGGCAGCUCCAAAACCACCGCGGUGCAGCCGGUGAGAUCCGGCGAGUUGGAGGGAGACGAGGAGACGGCGAGCAAACAUGGCGGUCGGGGAGACUCAGCGGUGUCAAAGGGCACCACAGACAGCGGGGUGGUGAUGGAGAACAAAGAGAUCUCCAUGUUACCUGGAGCCGUGCCCAUGAAACUCCCUCCACUGACAGCCAGCCCAGGCCUGCUGCGGCGGGACAGUCCGGUGGCGGAGCGUCCCAAGUCCAGUGAGAUCCUGGAGCAGCUGCUGAACCAGGGCAUCAUCCCAGUGGGCCAGCCCAGAGAGAGUGGCAGCAAGGCUGGGGAGGCUUACAACAUCAUGCUGGAUGACGGGGAGGUGCCCAAGCGAAGGCCUCCUGCCAGACUGGAGUCCCUGAAGGCCAGAAAGGAGCAGGUUCCCAACAGCAGAGAGGCCAUCGACCAAAAGAUGAGACUGGCUGAAGAGAGACGCAAGUUAAGGGAAGAAGACCUCAAGAUGCGACUGAGGACCAAGUCGGCCCAUGUCCGCGGCCCCGCCCCCUCCAGCACAUUCACCCCUGUGGAGGAGUUGCAGAAACCCCUUACCCCUGAGCCACCUUGCACUUCAGAGAGCCAUGAGGACUCGCAAGAUCCCCCACUACACACCAAGGGCAGCUCCGUCCAGAGGAACCCCAAACCACACCUGUCAGUCUGCAUGCCCCUGGCUGCACUGCUGGCCCUGUGA